AUGGCAUUGGCCUUUAUCGUGCCCUGUGCAGCCGAGGCUCGCACUGACAGAAUGGCCAACUUGAAGAUGCGGCGUGCUGUUGCGGUGGUUCCCACAGCGUGGGAGCAGGGCCUCUGCCACUUGCAGAGGUCCGGCCUGGGCAGUGCAGCUGCUAUCGAUGAUGCGUCGCAGGCCGUUUUGAGUGAUCAAGGAUGGGUGCGCCGAUCGUCUGAAACAAAAAUGUACCCGCAUGCACAGAUUGCCGACUUGGAUCGGUUGAGAGUGAUUGGACUCCUUGGGUUCCUUUCCAACGAGCCAGAGCAGCUGCAAGCUAUUAGGCGGUAUUCUGCCUUCCUUCAUCCGGUUCAGCUAGAGGCUGUCCCGUUUCCGAAGAGAAGCCUCAGAAACACAUCCUUCAACGAAGAGGAGGAAAAGGUCUACUGGAAAGUGGACUGCGAGACUGGUAAGGUGGACGGCUUCAAGUACACCGAUCCGCCGAAGGUUCCGGAAUGGGACGGAUUGGGUCCGCGCAUGAGGGCGCCGCUGCCCCCGCCGGCGCCGCUCCCGCCGGGGAAGCUGCCGCCUUGCUUGCCAGGCGACAGCCCUUUCUGCACACCGGACGACGAUGACAAUCCGCUGUGCCAUCCGCCUCCGCCUCCACCUCCACCUCCUCCAAAGCCAAAGUUAGAUGAAGAGCAACCAGAAGAGCAACAAGACCUUCCAGAGCAGGGACAAGAGCCAGGUCAAGACCUAGAAAAAGACCAGGAUCAAGGUCCGGGACUUUUAGCGGGGUUGAAGAACUCGGAGUCAGAAGGACAAGAGUCCGCCGGAGAGGAGCAAGGUCUUUCGCAGGGAUCUUCUGAAGGUUUGAUGCCGAAGCCGAAGCCUGCAGGGAUCGGCGAGGACUCGGCCGACGGAGCACAAGGGGCUGGUCCUGGUCCAAAGCCGGCUCAGCCACCGCCACCCAGAUUGAAGUGCUUGCCUGGACAGGAAAUACCAUUUCCAAAGGAGCCGUGCCAGAUCAAGCAGGGGCUCUGCUGCCACAAGUGCCACACGAGGGCAGACUGUAAGCUCUGCUUGGAGUGGAAGGAGGUGCUGGGACAAAUACCAGUCGACAUCGAUCGAAAGGCUUGGGCAGAGAACAUUUGCCCACCUCCAAAGUCGCCACAAGAGGGUGACGACUCUGAUUUACAGAAGGAUUAUCUCCUGCCAGAGGAGGAGGAGAAUGGACCAGGUGGUUCAGGAUCCUUUGGUGUGGACGACUUGUGA